AUGUCACCGUGGAAAACUGCAGCAAUUAAGGUUGCUACUCUAAAUAUGAAAAUGGAAAUGAAGGUUGUUGGCUAUGAUGGAAGAAAAACGCGUCGCCUUCUCUGUGGUCUCAUCCUCUUCACGCACUCGUCAGCUUCCACCACCACGCUUGUCGUGCACGCCACCGUCGACUACCAUCACCCGCACCACCACGAGGCGUCUUGGCAGCCUCUGCCACCAACCCGUACCGCAAGCCAACUCGCCUGUCAAGGUCAAACCCUAGGCCAGGGGAUCUAG